CGACACGGUCCCACGAAGGAACGCGGGAGAGCCGAACGCACCCUUAAAUUUUACGCGCGAAAAGUGACAGAUCUUUUUCCAAUAUGGCUGUUACAAGUACAAGAGGCAUUGUGAAUUUGAAGGAGAAGGGCCAUUUUGAGCGGGAAAAUGCCAGGGUGGAAAAAUACACUCUCGGAGACGAACUGCCGGCGCAGCUUUCGAGCUUGGAGAUCCGGCCUCGCAAAAUGUCCGUUCCAGCUUACACCAUACAGAGGCUCACGUACAACGAUCGGGACCUAGUACUGAAAUUCCUCAGAAGAUUCUUCUUUCGCGAUGAGCCAAUGAAUCUCGCCGUCAAUCUGCUUGAAACACCAGAGUCAAGAUGCACUGAGCUCGAUGACUAUGCGGCAGCUACCUUGAGCGAUGGAGUUUCAGUCGCCGCUGUUGAUGAGAACGGCGACUACGUAGGAGUCAUCAUUAACGGGAUUGUGAGGAGAGAGGAAGUAGACUACACGGACAAGUCUGAAGACUGCCCCAAUCCAAAAUUCCGACGGAUCCUGAAAGUACUGGGUCACUUGGACCGCGAAGCUCGCAUCUGGGACAAACUGCCGGAGACUUGUGACUCUGUUCUCGAGAUCAGGAUAGCGUCUACACACUCGUCUUGGCGCGGCAGAGGACUGAUGAGGGUGCUGUGUGAGGAAGCGGAACGUCUGGCCAAAGCCAUGGGAGCCGGAGCUCUUAGAAUGGAUACAACGUCAGCUUUCUCUGCGGCCGCUGCGGAGAGGCUCAAUUACAAGAUGGCGUUUGGGGUUCGGUAUGCUGAUUUGCCGUACGCACCUCAACCUGAAGCACCACACCUUGAAGCCAGGGUCUACAUUAAGGAGCUGUAAGAUUUUCAUAUCAACAUUUCAAAUAAGAAGAUCUUUCCUCCGUAAAUGGACUAUUCGAAAAAAGAGGCAGCUAUAAAUAUUGAGAAUACAUGAAUUAAAUAAAAUAUAUCCUUAAGUAGUUUUAGAGUUUAUUUAACUAGUAAAACUGUUCAUUAUCCAUUUACAGUUAAAACAUGUGUAAAACUAUCUUUUUUUUUUAACUCGCACUCAAUAUUAGUCACAAAGUUGUACUUCUCACAAGUGAUAAAAUUUAUUGAAAAAAUGUAAUUAGAUGUAGAUAAUUUUAGCAAAACUGUAAAUGUAGGAGUCCAAAGUGUAUAAAUGUCUGUAUCACCUGAUAGUAUAUUAUAGCAAUACUAUUAAACGCUAUAAAAAAAAAUUGCUAUUAUUAAACUGUCAGUAAUUUAUAGUUCCUUAUGUAGUUGUUACCUGACUUCGGUUGUUUACCAAGCUAUUAUAUUUAUUUGUCUAUGAUGUCUUUGAUUUUUGUAUAUUCUAUUAAUCGUCAAUUUUAGAUUACUUAAAAUGAAAAAUAUAGAGGAUAGAGAAUGCACCUAAGACAUAUGUAUCGUUGUUGUCUGAAUAAAUCG